UUAUUAGUACAAGCCGCCUGGUCAGAAAAUGAUAUUAGUUCCAGAAAAGCUGAAAUGGUCAGUCAAAUGCGCACAAAUCCACGGCGGCAAACGAACGAGUAUAGUAUUCCCAGAUCUAGAGAAGGAAAAAUUUGCCAUCUAGGAGUAUACUUGUUCCCUGUCCUUCUUAGAGCUACAGUCGGAUUUUUAUCCGAACGGGCGCAGCUAUCCUGAUGCGACGAUAUAACGGAUUCUAGAGGGAAGACACGAGCAGACGCAUAUCCGGGCGUCGACGACGAGGUCCCCGUCAAAGAAAAAGGAGAGCUUUAGCGGGCAACAUCGCUUCUCGAAUGUUGCGAUGUCGACGACGGCGCAUCAUCCUGCGAUCUGAUCCCAUCACCGGAGAAAAGAAGACCACGGGGAAAAGGUGAAGGAAGGACUGCCGGUGAGCCGGUCCGCGGAGUGAAGUGGUGAUCCACCUCCACCACCCACCCCAGGCCCCAACCCACAAACAAACAGAAGCAGAAAGCCAGCCAGAAGCAACCCACCAGGCGGUUGAGCUCCCGCGCCGCAUCAGCACCCACGUCUUUAGCAGAGUAGUAGAUGCAAGUUCUACUUCUGGCCGAUUUUCUCUGAUUCGGCGAGCCUCGGCGCCCGCGGCCAAGUCGAAUCCAAGUCGGAAUGGCGACGGGGGAGGGCGGGGAGAAGAAGAAGGGGAGGAGGAGGUGGCUGCCGGCGGCGUGCCUCCCGCGGCCCGGGUGCUUCACGGUGUCCGCAGCCGACGAGGGGCCCUCGGGCUCCGGCGCCGACGACGAGGGGGGCGGGGGCGGCAGUCGGGCGCCGACGCAUCUGAUCGUGACGGUCAAUGGGAUCGUCGGCAGUGCAGACAAUUGGGGUUACGCAGCAAAACAUUUCAUCAGAAAACACCCUGAGGAUGUGGUUGUUCACUGCAGUGGAUGCAACUCAGCAACUCGAACUUUUGAUGGUGUUGAUGUGAUGGGAAGGAGAUUAGUGGAGGAGGUGAUUUCAGUUGUUCAGUGUAGACCAGAACUUAAGAAGAUCUCCUUUGUUGCACACUCAUUGGGUGGGUUGAUUGCAAGAUACGCCAUUGCACUACUAUAUGAACCUGCUACACAAACUGAUAGUCAUGAGGAGUAUGAGAAGGAUGUCAAUGAUGCUCCUAGCAAGCAACCGAUGGGUCAAGGCAAGGUUGCUGGUUUGGAGCCCAUGAACUUUAUAACUUUUGCAACACCACACCUUGGCACAAGAUCACAUAAACAGAUGCCCCUUCUCCGUGGUUCCUAUAGAUUGGAAAAGAUGGCUUUUGGUAUGUCUUGGCUUGCUGGGAGAAGUGGAAAACAUCUUUUUAUAAAGGAUGUUGAAGAUGAGAAGCCACCAUUACUUCUUCAGAUGGUUACUGAUUACGGAGAUCUCCAUUUCAUAUCAGCUCUUCGUUCUUUCAAGCGCUGUGUUGCUUACUCAAAUGUUUGUGGAGACUUCGUUGUUGGCUGGAAGACAUCUUCAAUACGCCGUCAACAUGAACUUCCCAAGAAAGAAGAUUUUGUGGAUGAUGUUAGAUAUCCACAUGUUGUAUAUGUGGAAAAACCAAAAGCUCGGGAUGUUGAUUUUUCGGAUGAAAUGAUUUAUCAGGCAAAAACAACAAGUGAAAUGGAAGAGGUAAUGCUCAAAAGCCUGAAUAGAAUUCCUUGGGAAAGGGUAGAUGUUAGCUUCAAGAGGAGCAGACAAAGGAUUUUUGCCCAUAGCACCAUUCAGGUAAAGACUUAUUUCUUCAACUCUGAUGGGGCCGAUGUGAUCUUCCACAUGAUCGACCAUUUUCUUUACUAACAUGGAGCGAUAUCGUGGCGGUCCCAGUUUCUUUCUCUUCUUCUAUUCUUCGUAUUUGGAUACCAAUUUCAAUUGGAUAGGAAAAGGAUAGUGCAAAAAGUUAUUGGAGAUACUACACUGGAACAGGUAGAUCCACCCAUGGUAAAAGGAGUGCUGGGCCUGUGUAUGUUUCCUGUAAAGUCUGUCUAGGGCUCGUAGGUUCCUUUUCAGUUUUUCUCUCUUGCAUCCAUGCUUCAGUGUGCAUGCAUGUAAAUGUUUAAUGGACCACAGCCACAGGCUGUUGAUUCAUCAGUGUAAUAAAAUAAGAUCCGCUGUGUGUUGCGUCU